CCGCGCGAGCGGGAAGAUGGCGGCCGGCAGCGGCGGCGGCACCGGGCCGGGAGCGGGGCCCGGCGGAGGCCCCGGGGCCCGCAGGGGCAGCGCGGGCCGGGACGCGGAGGCCGAGGUUUGGUGCCGGCGGGUUCGGGAGCUGGUGAGCUCGGUUCCCGCCAACCGGCUCUGCUUCGAAUGCGGCCAGCGCGGCGUGACCUACGUGGACAUCAGCGUGGGCAGCCUCGUGUGCACCGGCUGCUCGGGGGCGCUGCGGGGACUGAACCCCCCUCACCGCGUCAAGUCCAUCUCCAUGACGACGUUCAGCGAGGCCGAGGUGCUGUUCCUGCAGGCGCACGGCAAUGAGGCCUGCAGGAGGGUCUGGCUGGGCACCUUCGACCCCCGGACGUCGCUGCUCCCCGACUCCCACGACCCCCAGAAGGUGAAGGAGUUCCUGCAGGAGAAAUACGAGAAGAAGCGAUGGUACGUGGCACCAGAACAAGCGAAAGAGCGAGUGAACCCCCCCCAGAGCACUGCAGCAGAGCCCCGGCCCCCCCAGCCCCUCCCCGGGGACACGGGGACACGGCCACAGCCUCGCCCAGCUGCCCGAAAAGCCAGCACCGACCUCCUGGCUGACAUCGGGGGGGACCCCUUCGCCAGCCCAGCCCCCGCCCCCGCCUUCGCUGCCUUCCCUGCCCCAGCCCGCUCUGCCUUCCCCAGUUUCAAUGCCUUUGGAGCCAGCCCUGGAGCAGCCACGUUUGGCGGAGCUGUGCCCCCCUUCCACAUCCCCCCCAGCACCAUAGGAGGUGUGGCUGCCCAGGGCGUGGCCACCCCCGUUCCGCCCACAGGGGGAGGAGCUUCUGUCAGCCCCUUCGGGACCCUCCGAGACCCCCCAGCGCUGCCCCACGGAGGAUACACCAACCCCUUCAUGGCCCCCGUGGCCCCCAGACCCUCCACCAACCCCUUCGAGAGCAACGGCCCCGGUGCUGUUUUCACCUCACCCCCUGUUCCUGGGGGCUUCCCCAGCCCCUUCCAGGCCGAUGGGUUGCCUUUCUCUGGGUUCAGCGUUGCCAAAGCUUCCACCAACCCCUUCGUGACCGUCCCGGCCCCGGCGGCGCCGUUCGGGAUCAGGCACCGGGCCACCAACCCCUUCCUAUGACCGCAGCUGCUUCGGGGGAUCCCGGCCGCGCACCGCCCCUCCGCCGGGACCAGGUUUUAUUUUUUGUUCCGAGAGAUUUAUCGCGAUAUCUAAUAUAUAUUCGAUAGAAACGGC